AUUUUCUUUGUUAGCGUUACUAAUACUAAAUAAGGUGGUUUCUAAUUAUUAUUUGAAGAUGGUUCCUAAUGUUGUAGAGGGUCAUCGUGUUUCUUAUUAUUAUUUGAUGAAGAGUCUGAUGUCUUGUUUACUAUUAUUUGAGGCAGAAGAAUACGGGGAUAAGAUAGAAGAACGGCCAUGAGUAUCUCAGCAGGUGAAUGUGUAUUAUAGUGGGCUGCUGAAAUAGUCAAAAUCUUUGUAAACAGUCAUGACUUUUUUUUUUGCUGAAACGAUGCGUGUCCUCUGACUGGAAAAUAUUGCGCUUGUGGAGUAUUUUUUUCAAAAGUUAUAUGAUUAUGAUAAGAUAGAAUGUUGAUUGAUGUGAAGGUGUCAAGGUUGUGGAUCAGUCGUAAGAAGAAGGAGAUGCAGUUGCGUUAUCAAGAGCAGUUGUAUGAAGUCAGAAGUUGUAGUACAGUCAGAUUUUUGAUGUGGCUUGAUUCAAUGGCGAGGAAAAGGUCGUAGGAAGUUUAUGUGAAAGAGCAGGAUUCUUGAACUAUGUGAAGGAACAUUAUAACUAUCCGCGAAGCGAGUAUCAGUUUUCUAUUUCUUUUCUCAUCCUUUUUCUGAAAAUCCGGGAUGAAGAAGAGGAUGAUUUAGAUCGCCGAUUAAGAAAAUGAAAAACGUUAGUACUGGUGGAGUCAACUACUCCUGAUCUAACUGUUGCUAGCGUGGUUAAGUGAGUGAUCCCUAAUUUAUGUAGGUUCUCUUCGUCAGUAGCUUCACUACACGCUGAGCAGGCACGUAAUACCCUUGCAGGUCGUCGCGCUUGCUUUCAGGGCCCUACAUUGUUAGGCUGUGCCUUAGUUGUAUCUACAGAGGCUAUGGGCAUAUAGUUCUCUCAGAUAGUCUUAGGGUUUGGCCGUUGUGACACGGUCUUCUUGCUCCCCCGGUAUGUAAGUUGUUAAAUGAGGUUAUUUAAGUAGUUGAAUGGGAGGCAGCAUGUAGUUCUAUGGAAAAAAAAUAAUUAAUCUGUUGUGAGAGAAACCUAAUUUCAAUGUAUUUCUCUACCUACCAGGAGAUUCACAUUGUUGUUGGGUGGUCCGCCGGUCGCCUUUACGGAAACCGAUUGGGACCUAGAGCGUUUUUUCUUUCUGUUGUGAGAUUACACGAGAGAUCCUAUAUGAAUAAUUGCAUCACGCAAGGACGCACGGAGAAACUAGCAAUGCAAGUUUUAUAUAAUUCACAUACGAGAGUCUAG